AUGACAAGUAACAAGGCAGGCAUUCGACAACCGAGGCCCGUGGGCACCGCGCUACGAGCUGUCUCUCUCAGCGAGAACGUUUGGACUGGCAUGACCGUGAUGCUUGCUUUCUGCUUUGCUCGUGUGCUCAGCUUCAUCUUUCGCCAGCCAACGCCUCCGAGCCCGGACAAGCGGCGCCUCGAUGGGCAGACGGCCAUUGUGACGGGUGCCAACGGAGGAAUAGGCUUGGCCAUCACAAGAGACCUGUUUCAACGUGGUUGCACAGUGACAAUGGCCUGCCGAUCUUCGCAGCGUGCUCAAGAAGCGCGCCGUCUGCUCCUCGAAGAGGUUAAUGGUACCCCCGGCACGGCCGACAGGCUCAAGAUCAUGACGCUCGACAGCAGCAAUCUUGACAGCGUGCGGGCAUUUGCGACGAGCUGGUCUUCCAAAGCCAUGAUCGCACCUUCCGAGAUUGACUUUCUCUUUCUCAAUGCUGGCUUCGCCGAGAGGAGCACGGGCAUGGGCCGUUUCACCAAGGAAGGCCUCGAUCUCUUCUAUCAGCAUCUCCUCGUCAACUUGCUACUCCCAUUUCUCUCCCCCUCAGCUCGGAUCAUCAUCACCUCGUCGCAGGGCGCCUUUUACGCACGCUUCUCUCCCGCUGUGGCUGAAAGGUCAACUGCAAACGUGAUCGAGAAGGGAUUUCACUACCCGAGCUACCUAAAUUUCCAUGGCUCUACCGUCCCUCGCUUUGUCAGCGGUGCACAGGAUACAUUUCACUAUGCCCAUUCGAAAGCCUUCCAGGUUCUCUUUGCCGACACGCUCCAGCAGAUCCUAGUCCACCAUCAGCACCCUGCCUCUGUCUGGGAAAGCAGUGGCAAGACAUGCAAUGAUCGAGGUCCUUUCGACGACGUGCGUGUCAACACCUUUCACCCGGGACUCGUCCGUACGAAGAUCUUUGAUGUCUACUCAACAAAGUCCUUCGCUCAGUCACCCCUCGGCUAUGUAGGCAGAUACAUGAUGCAUCACCUCGGCCUCGAUCCAAAGGACGGCAUCCGCACAGCUAUGUGCCUCGCCCUGUCGGACGACGAACUCGGAGGAAAGAGUAUCCUUCCUGGCGCCUUUUACGAAUUCGACAAGGUCCGCAACUUGCCGUGGUACGCCUCGCUGAGCCCGGCGAUGCGGCGCAGGCUCUGGACUCGCUUCAACAACGAUGCAGGACUAACCGAUGCAGACUGGAUCUUGAGCAAAAGGGCGUUCUAACGAGGGC